AUGCGACGCAAUUCCGCCGGUACCGCAGCGCGCGGACUGGGAAUCUCGCAGAAAGAAAAGCCAGAGGAGUCGUCCUGUGGUUCGCCUGUGGAAGUUGGGAAGCGGGGAGAGACUGACGCCGAUGGCAGCGGUGACGAUAACGGGGGCCUCGGCUGGCCGAUGGAAAACUUACCCCCAUUGUCUGUCGUCAGCGACGGCCUGGCUGCGGCAAAAGCUCUUUUCUCGAGCUGCAGCAAGACGUUCCAGUGCCAGAGACACAGGGCUCACAGCCAGGCCGACGCCUACGAGUACGGUCAGAAGCCGCCAUUGCAACUCCAGAGAUUAUUGUCAUAUCGGACACAGGACUCUUCUGUCCAGUGGUCGCUAUGCGAUUCGGGUGACGAUGACUGCAUUGCAUUGGUUCUCGAGGAGCCUGUCGAAGUUUCGAAUUCAGAAGAGACCAGAGAGACGAAGCCGUCUCUGCAUGAAUACAGAAGGCCAACACGUGAAGAGAUCGAGCUCUUCGCCUCAAUGCAGCGAGACACGCUAGACGCUUCACCUAUCGAAGAUGUCUCGGUAGAAGAUGUCCUCUUCCCGACUACCACUGGACCGACAAAAGAUGAGAUCGAGAGUUUCGUCUCUUUUCUCGACGAAGAUACGGAGUCAGAUACCCAACACAGCGAACCCACCCUUCCAAACACCCCACGGGUCGCGUCAAAUACAGCUGCAACCAUUAUUUUGACGGCCCCAAACACAACCAUAGACAUGGCUGCAACCACCACCACUUCCGGCGAACCGAUUCUGACUCGCGAGCAGCAACAUGUCGUCGAUCUCGUUGCCGCCGGCCGCAACGUCUUCUACACAGGGCCCGCUGGCUGCGGCAAAUCCACCGUUCUGUGUGCUCUAGAAAAAAGGUUGCACCACAUGCACAAGACGGUGCACAUUCUGGCGCCAACGGGCCGCGCCGCGCUCAACGUCCAUGGCACGACCACCUGGACGUACGCCGGCUUGACACCCGACGACCACGCCCGGCCGCUGGCCAAGCUCCUGGCUGCCUGCCACCGCAAGGCCGUCUGGCAGCGACUGAGCAGGACGGACGUCCUCAUCAUCGACGAGAUCAGCAUGAUCGAGAACCUCCAUCUCGAGCGACUCAGUGCCAUCCUGCAAGAGGCCCGCCGUUCUCCAUAUGUCUUUGGUGGCCUGCAGAUCGUCGUCACCGGCGACUUCUGCCAGCUUCCGCCACCGCGACCGUUGCAGAACUGCAUGACCUGCGGUGGCAAGAUGGACGUUCAAGCGCCGCUGAACUCGCGGUCUGUCACUGGCAUCGGUCGGCCGAUGCGAAUGCACCAGGACACCGCCAGGACCUACCGCUGUCGCCAAGACCACGCCGCCUACGUGGACGAGGAGAAGUGGGCAUUCAACAGCUGUGCCUGGCGCCGCUGCCACUUUGUGCCCGUCUUGUUGCGAACAGUCCAUCGCCAGAACGAGCCGGCCUUUCUGUGUCUGCUGCAGAAAUGCCGUCUCGGGCUGCCGCUGACGGAUGCCGAGGUACGCCUGCUGACGCACGAUGGCGCCCCGAUGCCACCGCGAUCAACGACGACAAUGAACAACGACUGGAUUCCCCCAAGCGCCACUUGCACCCGUCUCUUCCCUACCAACCGGGAGGCUGAAGAUGUCAACUACCGCGAGUUUUCUAAGCUUCCCGGGCCAUUGCGUGUCUACUGGUGUCGUGACACGUUUGUGUGGCGAGGCCGUAAAAACGAUCCGAAUAUGCGGGCCAAAGGCCGUCGCUAUAUGCCGUUUGUGCCACCGAAUAUCUUGUGGAUGGCCGAUGUGCCCCGGGAAAGCGAGGAAGGCGUCUUUGUGGCAUCGCCAAUUCGCGGUCCUCUCGGGUCCCUGAAAGACCAUCGCUACGAGGAGGUGCUGGAGUUGAAAGUGGGCAUGUUGGUGAUGUUGCUGGCCAAUAUCAGUCUCCAGACUGGCCUCUGCAAUGGUAGCCAGGGUAUCGUGUGCGGGUUUUCCGACCUGGACGAGACGGGGAAGCCGGUGCAGAAGCCGCGUGCAGAUGAAAAUGCUGUGAAGCAAGAGGACAAAGAUACUGUUCUGGCUAAAGAUAGUGACCACAAGGGUGCGGAAACUUCUGUAAAGCAGGAACCCUGGAAAGACGACUCGUAUAACCGAUACAAAACGGGCGCCACGGACGACCAGGAGUACAUGGAUAAAAAGGAAGACGCCGACACUUUGGAGAGACAAGACCUGCCGCCAAAAGACGUCUUGGAAAAGAGGCGUGGUGGCAGCUUCACUCCAUACGACAUAUUCUCUCUUCGGGACAAAGGCCACCUUGACCGCCGAGAAGACGAGCGCGUACGGCGGAUGAGGGAGAACGCGAUGGACUUUUGCAAGAACGAGGUCGAGCGCUACUCCAGCUGCAGCGGACAAGAAUCAGCAACGGGCUUUGUCGGUGGACUACUGCAGCAACGUCGCGGCUGGCCCAUCGUGCGUUUUUUUCACGACGGUUUGGAGCGUGUCAUUCCUCCGCACUGCUCCCUGUCGGAGCUCGACGACGGCGGCGAUCUCGACUCUGACGGUGCCCUUGAUGGCGAGCCGUCCCUGAGGAGCUAUCUGUCGCGCACGCAGGUGCCGCUGGCGCCAGCUUGGGCCGUCACCAUCCACAAGAGCCAGGGCCUCUCGUUGGAUCGCGUGGUCGUCGAUCUCAGCCGCGUCUUUGCCGACGGGCAGGUGUACGUAGCCCUGUCGCGGGCCCGAACGCUAGCAAGUCUGCGCGUCCAGGGAAACACAGACAGCCUGCGCGAGGGAAGUUGCGGCGAUGCGGCAGUGCGGACCUUUUUGGAGGCCAUGUUCGGCGCUGAUGCCCUAGGAGUAGAAGUGAAGGGAGGUGAAGCGGGAAGACACGCAUUGUCGCGAUCAUAUACGGAGAACUAA